CAAGUGUUUUUACACAUGGCCUAUGGGCAUUUCAUGAAUAAUGUAGGAGUUCCACAGAGAGUCCAUGGUAGAUUCAAAUUACAAAAUACGCUUGCAGAUGAAUUUCCGACGACGUAUAUUGGACACGGAUCCCCUACUUAUAUGGCGGGGAUGCAAGUAAUGAACCCAGCUCCUAUAGAACUUUUAUCAGUUAUUGAUUCUUUAAAGAAACAAGUUGCUGCUGACCGUUGUCUUUUUAUAGAGAAAAGAAUGGAAGAAAAUAGGCUAAAGUUGGUUGAUGUCAGUACCCAUCUUUUUAAGUUAUCACUGGAAAGAAGAAAUGACAAGGUAAUCGGCAUUGAUAAGAGCAUAGACCUACUGACAAAGAGGCAGAAAGACGCAAUUGAUAUGCAAAAUGGCAUUGACAUAACUAACGGGGAUAUGGAUAGUAGUAGCUCACAAGAAGAUUGCCAUGCGUCUUCAGCAAUUUUGCUAGGAUCUAGUAUAGCAGUCAAGAAUGCUGUUCGCCCUAUCAAGCUCACAGAAGUUAAAAGACUACCACCUUAUACUACUUGGAUUUUCUUGGAUAGGAAUCAAAGAAUGACAGAGGAUCAAUCUGUAGUUGGUCGAAGGAGGAUAUAUUAUGAUCAGAAUGGGGGUGAAGCUCUAAUUUGCAGCGAUAGCGAGGAAGAAAUAAUCGAGGAAGAAGAAAAGAAAGAAUUUGUGGACUCUGAAGAUUAUAUUCUUCGAAUGACCAUAAAUGAAGUUGGUUUAUCGGAUACUGCAUUGGAUGCACUAGCUCAGUGCUUUUCCAGAAAACCUUGUGAAAUCAAGGAGAGAUACGAAGUUCUUAGUAAGGGAGAAAUUUCUGUAGAGGACCACUGGAAUUCAUUUCUUGAUAAAGAUCUUGAUGCGGCUCUGGAUUCUUUUGACAAUUUGUUUUGUCGCCGAUGUCUUGUCUUUGAUUGCCGAUUGCAUGGAUGUUCCCAGGAUCUCGUCUUUCAGGCUGAGAAUACACUUCCAGGGAGCUGUGCAGAUGACGAAAAUGUACCAUGUGGCCCACUUUGCUAUAAACUGGUUCUAAAUUCAGGAUGCAAUGCUACUAUAACUUCUCCCAUGCGAACCAAUUCUCAAGAAAAACCAGUCCCUUCCUCUGAUGGGACUGGGGCUCCGAUCUCCGGGAUAAAAUCUCUGGGUCCAUCUGUACGAAGGAGGGAAAAAUCAUGUCAAAGUGAAAGUGCUUCAUCAAAUGCAAAAAACAUGUCAGAAAGCAGUGACUCAGAGGCCAGACCUAAAAGGCAGAAGAAAAUGGUGGCUUCUGACUCUGAUACUCUUGGGUCGAGAGAUAUGAAGCUUCGAUCUACUUCUCGUAAGGAAAAUGAAGAUGCUAGUUCUUCACAGAAACUGAAGUCUUCAAGUGCUGGAAAGGCUUGUAGGAAGGACUCAACAAUAGUUGACGGUCAAAAAAAUGUGCAGCGGGAGGUUCCUUUUGGUUCAUCAAAUGAGAUUAUUAGUAACCGACCAGCUUGUCGUGAUGACACCUUGCGGAAAGAAGAGUUAGUGGGCGAAAAUAUUUGUAAACAAGUAACAAGUGACAGGAAAUCAUGGAAACCUAUGGAGAAAGCCCUUUAUGAAAAAGGUGUUGAGAUAUUUGGAAGGAAGAGCUGUUUAAUUGCUAGGAACCUUAUGAAUGGAAUGAAGACUUGUUCAGAAGUAUUCCAAUACAUGAAUUGCUCUGAGAAUGGAAUAUUCUCUCGAGCAGGUGAUGGUGCAGAUUCUCUGCUUGACGGCUUCUCCAAGGUUGAUUGUAAUGACACCACGAGUAAUAAAGUUAGAAGAAGAUCAAGGUUUUUACGGAGGAGAGGUAAAGUUCGUCGGUUAAAGUACUCAUGGAAGUCUGCUGGGUACCACUCAAUGAGAAAGCGGAUUUCAGAGAGGAAAGAUCUUCCUUGCCGGCAAUACAAUCCCUGUGGGUGUCAAUCUUCCUGCGGGAAGGAGUGUCCUUGCCUUCUAAAUGAGACCUGCUGUGAAAAAUACUGCGGAUGCCCAAAGACUUGUAAAAAUCGCUUCAGAGGCUGUCAUUGUGCCAAAAGCCAGUGUCGGAGUCGUCAAUGUCCAUGCUUUGCCGCUGGCCGAGAAUGUGAUCCAGAUGUUUGCAGGAAUUGCUGGGUCAGCUGUGGUGAUGGCACUCUUGGGGUUCCCUCUCAAAGAGGUGAUAAUUAUGAAUGUAGGAACAUGAAGCUUCUUCUCAAACAGCAACAAAGGGUUUUACUUGGAAGAUCUGAUGUAUCUGGCUGGGGAGCUUUCUUGAAGAAUAGUGUUGGCAAACAUGAAUACCUUGGCGAGUAUACCGGUGAAUUGAUCUCGCAUCGAGAAGCAGACAAACGUGGCAAGAUCUAUGACCGUGAAAAUUCUUCGUUUCUCUUUAAUCUCAAUGAUCAGUUUGUUCUUGAUGCUUUCCGGAAGGGUGACAAAUUGAAGUUUGCCAACCAUUCGCCAAAUCCGAAUUGCUAUGCUAAGGUCAUGAUGGUUGCUGGGGAUCACAGGGUUGGAAUAUUUGCUAAAGAAAGAAUUAGUGCGGGGGAGGAACUCUUCUAUGACUACCGUUACGAGGCAGACAGAGCUCCUGCUUGGGCGAGGAAGCCUGAAUCGUCUGGUUCUAAAAAAGAGGACACUGCUCCUUCAAGCGGUCGUGCUAAGAAGCUUGCUUAACUGAGUAUUUAUAUUAACCCUAAUUGAAUUUUUUUCACCCCCUUUUUGACCGUUCUUUUUGAGAUAGAAGCCUCGUUACCAUUGACAUCCGAGGAAAGGUAGAUUCUCAGUCAUUCAGUUGCCGGAGAGGCCAUUGUUCUCUCCUCUAAUUAACUUGUCUAAUUUUGUUUUCCCCAUUCAUGCUUACUACUGGAGAGCUGAGUUUAUUGACCCAAGCCGGAAUGCAUAGAAAGCUUUUAGUGACUCCUUACCAUUUCUUACACAAUUGUUUACAUGUUAAACAGAGAAUUGGUGGAUGUGAUCUGAUGAAGUAUGUUUAUCAGAAGUAUGUUUAGGCUAACUAUGAAUUGAAGGUUGCUUUAUUCGUAAGAAACUCUCCAUGACAUUUUUUUCCAGUGGAAAAUUAUUCAAAACCAGCAUUUUCGUAUUGGAAA